CUUCCAAGUAGCUUUUACUAGAGCGGAACCUCCCGCACCAUCUCUAAUGCGCCUGCGUACUGUGAACUUGCGCAGCCUGCGACGCAGGUCUUAGCUCCAGGUGCCUACGGCGGCUGAGGUAGUGGACCUGCAAGGUGUGGAGAGGGGCGGUGUGAAGGCGAGAAGAGCGGUCUGGCCGAGAGAGUGGUUUCUGCCGUUCCCUGGGAACAUCUGAGUACUGUAUCUCAAUCCGUGGGGCGGGGUCCUCGGAGGAAACUGAGCGCCCCCUCCUGGUAACGGGAGGUCUGGUCGCAGAGACCGCUGUUGGAGCCUGAUUGGUUGGAGAGACAUCUUUGGGGACACCCCUGGGGAGCCCAGUUCCUGGGGGUCAGGGGAAUCCCCAGUUUAGUAAUCCUGCCUCCCCUAUAGUCGCAGGGUUCCUUCCCUAGUGGUUUAUGUCCCUUGUCCGGGGUCAUGGAGAUACUGCGGCCACCACGGCAGCGCCUGAAGAAGGGGAAGUGACCUCCGGCCUCCAAGCUCUGGCCGUGGGAGAUACCGGAGUCCCCUCGGCUUCGGCCAAUAAAGCCGAGGAAGAGGGGGAAGGAGUCCGGGAGGAGGCCGAGCGUGAGGGGUCUGGGAUCGAGGAGGCGCAGGGAGAAGCCCGCAGCGCUGAGGGGGAAGAGCAUGCCAAGGGAGAAUCCGAGGACUGGUGCGUGCCCUGCAGCGAUGAGGAGGUGGAGCUGCCCGCAGAUGGGCAGUCCUGGAUGCCCUCCCCUUCAGAAAUCCAACGGCUUUAUGAACUGCUGGCUGCCCACGGUACCCUGGAGCUUCAGGCUGAGAUCCUGCCUCGCCGGCCACCCACGCCUGAGGCCCAGAGUGAAGAGGAGAGAUCCGAUGAGGAGCCAGAGGCCAAAGAGGAGGAAGAGGAAAAACCGCGCAUGCCCACAGAAUUUGACUUUGAUGAUGAGCCAAUGACACCAAAGGACUCCCUGAUUGAUCGGAGACGCACCCCAGGAAGCUCAGCCCGGAGCCAGAAACGGGAAGCCCGCCUGGACAAAGUCCUCUCAGACAUGAAGCGACACAAGAAGCUGGAGGAACAGAUCCUUCGUACCGGCAGGGACCUGUUCAGCCUGGAUUCAGAGGACCCUAGCCCCACCAGCCCCCCACUCCGGUCCUCAGGGAGUAGUCUCUUCCCCCGGCAGCGAAAAUACUGACUGGUGCUGCUGGGGCCUUUCCUAACUCUGGGUGCUGGGAAACUUGGGAAGAGGAGAGAAACUCCAAGCUCCUAACACAGCACCUUGCCAGAAAGCGGGCGUGUGUGUAUGAUUUGUUGAACAUUUAUUUGAAAACUUGGGCUGAAAUUUCUGAAUCUAAAAUAAAAAAUACAAAGUUAUCUUCUCUUACAGGAGGGGCUUCAGCUGGAGUCCAAACAGCUGUGGCGGGGCAGAAUCGUCCUCAUCCAGCUAGGGAAGUUAGAGACACGGAGCAGAGGUGAACUCAAUCAAGUGCCUGCCUUAGGUUCUCUGACUCUUCCCAGUCUCUUUCCAAUGGGGCCAGCUGGCUCUGAGUGUUAAGUGAGCUGCAGUACCUUCAG